AUCCCGAUCCCGGGACUCCAGGAUCACACCUCAGGCCAAAGGCAGGCGCUAAACCGCAGAGCCACCCGGGCUGCCCUGUGCACACUUUAGAGAAGAUCCCCACAGAGUUUACUUAAUCUGUUUUUGUUUCAAUGGCUCAUUCUGGACUUACCCAGGAACUCCAAAGCACUCUACCCAUGGAUCCUAAUAACAGAUUGAAUCCCACGUCGGAAUGGAGGGGUUCUUUUUUGUUUAAAUGAAUAUCCACACAUGGCAGUACUGCGUAUGUAAUAGAUACCCCAUAAGUAGGAGGAAAAUAUUCCAACAUGAGGCAAGACAUGAGAGAGGAAAAUCAUAGGAAGAAUAAUUGCAUGACUUCUUCAUGUGGAAAGAGGAAACCUGUUUCUGGGUUGCAUACCUGACUGGACUGCUGACAUUCAGGGAUGUGGCCGUAGAAUUCUCUCCGGAGGAGUGGAGAUGUCUGAACCAUACUCAGCGGGAAUUAUACAGAGAUGUGAUGUUAGAGAACUAUGGACACCUCCUCUUCGUGGGUCUAAUUGUAUCAAAGCCAGAUUUGGUCUCCUUUUUGGAGCAAAGGAAGGAACCUUGGGAUCUGAAGACAAAGAAGACAGUAGCCAUCCAUCCAGCUGUAUCUUCACAUGACACCCCAAGCUUCCUGUCAGAGCUGUGCAAAGAAGCUUCAUUUCCAAAUGUGUCAGUGGGUCCAUAUAAACAUAGUAUCCUUGAGAAGUUACACUUAAUGAUAGACUGGGACAAUGAUCAUAAAGGAUAUAUCCAAAUUGAGGCUACUGCCCAUAAUAAGAAUCUCACUGCCCCACAUGGUGAAGGAUAUAAAACAUUGUGUAAAACCUUUCUUUUUAAGGCCACUAGUUCUAUAAAGCAGAGUGUUUCUGUAGGCAACAGCUCAAAUCAAAUAUUCAAAGAUACAUAUUUAUGGAAAGAUAAUGUAGAAAAUCUAGAAAGUUACCAUGCUGAAGAUAAUAAUUUGAACAAUCUGGAAAAUAGGAUUAGACCGACCUUUCAGUCAAAUAUGUCUAAACAUCAGAGAUUUAUAGAUGAAGAAGCAACUGCUAGGUGGCUUCAGUUUGAGAGGUCCUUCACCAAGGACUCAACCCUACAAAAUUACCAGACCAUUUUCAGUGAAGACAGACUUGCUCAAGGCAGUGAAUCUGAGGAAAAAUGUAAUCAAGGCUCAAAUGUUGAUAAACAUCUGAGGACUCAUUCUCCAGAGACCCAUUCUGAAUGUAAUACAUGGGGGGACGUCUUUCAUCAAAGAGCCAACCUUGUAUAUAACAGUAUGCAUAGGAGAGAGAAUCCUUAUAAAUAUAAUGAUUGUGAAAAUGAUCUUAACCACUCCACCGGUGUUGGUGAUCAUCAGACAAUUCAUGGGAGAAAAAACCCAUGCACAUACACUAAACUUGGGAACCUGUUGAGUCAGUCAUCAAGAAUACGCAUACAUAAGACAGUGUGUAGUAGAGAGAAACCUUACAAAUGUCAGGAACGUAGCAAGGCCAUUAUCCAUCAAUCAGUCCUCACUCAGCAUCACACAAUUCAUAAGGGAGAGAAACCUUAUCAAUGUAAACAAUGUGGCAAAGCCUUUAUCUGUCAAUCAAAACUUACUCAACAUCACAGAAUUCAUACGAGAGAGAAACGUUACAAAUGUAAAGAAUGUGGCAAAGCCUUUAUCUGUCAAUCUAAACUUACUCAACAUCACAGAACUCAUACAGGAGAGAAACCUUAUAUAUGUAAAGAAUGUGGCAAGACCUUUAACAACCAACCAAACCUUAUUCGACAUCACAAAUUACAUACAGGAGAGAAACCUUAUAAAUGUAAAGAAUGUGGCAAGGCAUUUAUCCAUCCAUCAGGCCUUACUCAACAUCACAGAUUUCAUACUAGAGAGAAGUCUUAUGAAUGUAAGGAAUGUGGCAAGGCCUUUAUAUAUAAAUCAAACUUUACUCAACAUCACAAAAUCCAUACUGGGGAGAAACCUUAUGAAUGUAAAGAAUGUGGCAAGGCAUUUAUCCAUCAGUCAGGCCUUACUCAACAUCACAGAAUUCAUACUAAAGAGAAACCUUAUAAAUGUGAGGAAUGUGGCAAAGCUUUUAACCACCACUUAAACCUUAGUAAACAUCACAGAAUUCAUACUGGAGAGAAACCUUAUAAAUGUAAAGAAUGUGGCAAGACCUACAACCACCAGUCAAGCUUUACUCAACAUCACAGAAUUCAUACUGGAGAAAAACAUUAUAAAUGUAAGGAAUGUGGCAAAGCAUAUAUCUAUCUAUCAAGCUUUAUUCACCAUCACAAAAUUCACACUGGAGAGAAACCUUAUGAAUGUAAAGAAUGUGGCAAGGCCUUUCUCCAUCAAUCAAGCUUUAGUCAACAUCUCAGAAUUCAUACUGGAGAGAAACUUUACCAAUGUAAACAAUGCGGCAAGGCUUUUUAUCAGCAAUCAAACCUUACUCAGCAUCACAAAAUUCAUACUGGAGAGAGACCUUAUAAUUGUAAAGAAUGUGGUAAAUUCUUUAACCACCACUCAAGCCUUAUUGGACAUCAGAGAAUUCAUACUGGAGAGAAACCUUAUAAAUGUAAGGUAUGUUCUAUGGCCUUUAAGCAGCACGCACACCUUACUCGACAUCACAAAACUCAUACUGGAGAGAAACCUUAUAAAUGUAAAGAAUGUGGGAAGGCCUUUAUCCAUCAAUCAAGCUUCAUUCGACAUCACAGAGUUCAUACUUGAGCAGUUCUUACAAAUAUAAGACAGUGAGAGAAUUUUUAAGACCUGUUGAACCCUAACUCUACAUCAGAGCAUUCAUAUUGGAGAGUAACUAAUACAUGUGUAAAGAAUGUGGCAAGACCCUUAAGCAAUGUUACACUUUUAUUCCUUAUCAGAGAAUGGAUAGUGGAAGUGAUUAUAAAUAUAAACAUUGGCAAGCCCUUUCAUAGUUCUCAAGCCUCUCUCAUCAUUACAGAAUUCAUACUAGAGAAAUAUUAUAACUAAAGAAUGUGGUAAAGGUUUCAGGAUGUUCAACCCUCACUCAGCAUCACUGAGUUCAUACUGAGGAAAAAUGAUACAAAAUCGAAUGAAUGUGGCAAACCUCUAGCUGGAAGUCAUAACUUGCUCCAUAUUAUAGUUAUCAUACAAAAACAAAAUUGAAAUGGGAAGAAAGUGGCCAAAUCUUUAACUGGAAUCCAAUCCUUACUCAGUAUCCCAAAACACAAUCUUGGUUCAAAGUGUAGCAACAUAAUGAAGGAGGAGAGUAUGUUACACCUUAGGAAACCUCACAGUUCAGAGAAGAAAAGUAACUUGAAAGGUAAAAAUAAUUAGAAAUGUAUUUAAUUGAACAUAAAAUGUCAAUAAAUGUCACAAUUCAUAGUACAAAGCAGUUUAUCUGUCACUCUAUUCAGACAUCACAUCAAAAAGGGACUAAUAUAAAGUUAGUCAGUUAGAUCAUGUAUAUGCAAUUAUGCUUCAAAAGAGAGAAGGGAUGAAAAAAAAAGAGAAGGGAUGGAUUUUUGCAUGGGUAUAAUUUCAAUGUGUUUUUGUUUUCAUUAAGCCUAUAUGAGAUUUGUGACUUUUGCAAAUAUUAAUGUGUUUCUACA